AUUCUAUUUAAACCCGCCAGAACCCACAGUUUCUCUGUAACAAGAAAAACUAACUUUCUUCUUUCUCUACAAGCUCUGUUUCAAUGGCAAGCUCUGCUUCAAUGGCGAUCAACCCCGAAUCAGCAAAAGCUCUCUUCGGACCCGAAUCGUACCCGCUCGUCAAACUACUAAGCCAGCUCAACAGCGAUGACGAUGAUCUUCGUAAACCAGCAAAAGCUCUCAUCGAUUACACCAAAAAGAACUACCCAAAUUCUUUGAUUGAGAAACUUUUCGAAACAAUUCAACGUAGCCAGCCAUCAUCGCGUACGGGUAUUUUCUGUUACAAGCUUUUAACCGAUAUUUUACUACCCUUUUGGCCCAAACUUUCAUCAACUACGCAAAAUGAUUUGAUGGUUAAGUUGUAUUACAAAGUUCGGCGUGAAAGCGAUUAUGAAACACUAGAGGCUUGUUGUUCUUGUGUAUCGAGUAUAGCGGGUUUGCUUUUCCCUAAAUAUGAAUGGAGUUAUUUGUUUUUCUUUAUGAUUGAGAAUUUGGGUUCGGAUUCGAACAGAAAUUUGGGUGUUUUGCUUUUAUGGGAUGAAUUGAUACCGAAAUGUCCUGAGAUUUUUGUACCAUUUGUUGAUUGUUUGAUUGAGGGGUUUACAGAUCUUAUGCCUACUAUAACGGAAGAACAUCGAUCUGGGGUUCUUGCAGCUAGGGCUUCUGUGAAAUUGAUUUUGUAUUUGUCAAACCCCGCCAGUUAUUGCAAGUUUUAUGGUCUUUUAGGGCAUGUUCUAAUGACUUUGAUAAUGGCAUGUUCCGAUGAGGAGGUUCUUGUGUGUAGUGUUCUUGAGGAUAUGAUUGUUUUAGCUGGUGUAGAGACCGCGUUUUUUGAAGGUAAUAUUGGUGUUGUGUUUGAGUCUAUGGUGAAGUUAGCUGAGUGUUUGAAGUUGGGGGAAAAGUCAAGGCAACUUGCUAUAGAGUUUGUUGUUACUGUAGCUGAGAAUAGGGAGAUUGGGUGUGGGAUGAUAGAGAUUGUACCAAAAGAAGAAGUAACUAAGUUGCUUAAUGUGUUGAUUAAGAUGUUGGUGCAUAUUGAAGAUGACCCUCGUUGGAGAAAUGCAAUUAGUGAUGAUAAAAAUGAAGGGGAGUUGAGUAUGUGCAGUUAUGGUAUGGAGAGUCUAGAGAGGUUAGCAAUUGCAUUAGGGGGAGAUGCAAUUCUACCUAAUUGCCCUGCGUGCUUGUUCAAGUUCUUGGAUGAAGAAGAUUGGAGAAUUCGUCAUGCUGCCGUUACUGCUAUUGGACUGAUAUCAGAAGGAUGCUCAAAGGCAUUGUUAGUGGAGAUGGUGAAAUUUGGACAGUCUAUUGUGAAUCUAAUGUAUGAUAGCCACCCUCGAGUACGUUGGGCCACAAUUCGUACAAUUGGUCAGCUAUCAACCCAUCUGAGCCCGCGUUUUCAAGAGGAAUAUCUUUGGCAGCUCCUUCCAGCUUUCAUAGAAGUAUUGGAUGAUUUUCAUAAUCCCAGGUUGCAGACACGUGCAGCUUCAGUGAUAUGGUUGUUCAGUCACAAUUGCCGUGAAGAUGACUUGAAACCUUACCUGCACAAAAUAGUGAGUAAAUUAGUCGGGUUUCUACAGAGAGGAAUGACAAUGAGGAAAGAAGCAGCUCUUGAAACUUUAGCCUAUUUAGCUAGUUCAUUGCAGGAAGACUCUGCUUACAUAUAUGAUUCUAUAAUGCCUUAUCUGAAAGUUAUCUUGGAAACUGCUACUAAAGAUACAAGUCGCACGCUACUUGCCAAAUCCAUGGAAUGCAUUACCAGGGUUACAAUGGCUUUUGGAAAUCAAGCAAUCCUUGGUUAUGUUGAAAAGGUCACUGCAGUACUCAUUUCACUGCAAGAAACUCAAACAGAGAUAGAAGAUCCAAUGAGGAAAUUUUCAUUACUGGCAUACGGUAGACUAUGUAAAUGCUUGGGGGAAGAUUUCCUUCCUUAUCUAAGUCUUGCCAUGCCCAUUGUGCUAAAAUCUGCUCAGCUAAGUGUUUCCAAUAGUUCAGAUACAGAUGAUUCUGAUGAUGAAAGCAUGAUUAAAGUCACCGCUGGGAAUAAAACGAUCCGGAUAAGAAGUGCACUUCUGGAAGAGAAGGCCUUGGCCUGUCAUAUGCUAUGCUGCUUUGCAGCUGAGUUAAAGGGACGGCUGCAUNNUCUCGUAGUCAAAGGAAAACAUCUGUCUAUUGGAAACAGCCUCUCUACCUUCAAAGGUAGGGGUAAGGUUUGUGCACACACUACCCUCCUUAGAUCCCACAAGUGGGAUUACACACGGGAAUUCAUGAUUAAAGUCACCGCUGAGAAUAAAAAGAUCCGGAUAAGAAGUGCACUUCUGGAAGAGAAGGCCUUGGCCUGCCAUAUGCUAUGCUGCUUUGCAGCUGAGUUAAAGGGACGGCUGCAUUUAUGGGUUAAUGAGGUUGUUAGUGCUUUAGUUCCGAAUCUUACCUUCGAAUUCAGCGAAGAAGUAAGAAUGACUGCCAUUUCUGCAAUGCCGUUACUGUUAAAUUCAGCUUCUUGUGCUAUGAAGAAAGGGCUUCCUGUAACAGGUUGUGGCAAGGCCCCAGUUCAAAAGCUAUCUAACACUAUCAUCCCAUCUUUGCUUGACGCGUUAAAGAAGGAGUCAAAGGUACAAGUUCAAGCAAGACUAUUGGAGGCAUUCAACGAAAGCAUUCAGAUUCCGGGUUCACAUCUAAGUAAACAUCAAGCUGAAAAAUUUGUUGAAGGCAUAUCAAAGGUUCUCUUAACUUGCUCAUACCGCAAAACAGAAAGAGAGAAAAGAGCUAAAGAACACACAGAUUCAAGGGAGCAGAAACUACUUAAGGAGGCAGCUCAACAACACUUAACUAUAUGUAGAAACAUUGGCAUUUGCCUCGAAACUAUGGUGAAAAUACUUAAGGCAUCAUUCUUGCCCCUUUUAGACAAGUUUUUGCCUUAUGCAUCACUUAUGUGGAGUAAUGAUAGAACAGCAGAAGAAAGAAGAAUUGUAGUGCACCUUUUCCGUGAAGUUGCUGAGCAGUGCCGCGAAGAAGCAUUCAGGCAAGUCUCUUAUGCAAUUUUCAAUGUCUUGUUAAUCAUGGUAACCUCAAUUGGCUUAGAUGAACGUCAUUUUUUAUUAUUAUUUUAAAAAUCAGGUA